AUGUAUCAAACCCACAAGUCCACAACAACAAUCCCCCCAACACUCAACUUCUUCAGUCACUACUCGCUGCUUGUUCAUCGUUUGGUUUCCAGACAGUGAUAGUGCAAUGGAGAAAGCAGCCCUACCUGAAGAGAUAAUAGAGCAUAUCCUCACCUUCCUGCCCGUGAAAUCCUUAAUCCGAUUCACCUGCGUUUCCAAACGCUUCCGUUCCAUCAUUCUCUCCGACCCCAAAUUCGCUCAAUCUCAAUUCCAAGCAGUUCGUGACCGCAAAACCCUCGAUCACAGACUCCUCUACUCCAUCGACGGUCCUCGGUUCGAAUCCCUGGACCUGAAAACGCCGUCGUUUGGAGAUCCUUCCUCUGUUAGAAAGCUGAAGCUGCCUUUCCCGUCACCUUCUUCCGCUGUCGUGCUACUGGGCUCUUGCAAUGCUGACGACUACAGGGUUUUAGUAGUCUCCAUGGAUUGUAUUGAUGUCAAGAAUGAGGGUGCCAUUUACUCAUCCAAAGCUCACGCUUGGAAAACACUUGAGGCCGAUGUGUUAUCUAUUAUCUCUUAUCAGGGGACUUUUUUGAAAGAGGCACUUCAUUGGCUCGAUACCCAAGAUGAAAUCGAGGCUUUCGAUUUGACACAGCAAGAAGAACACAAGUUCAGGAAAAUGUUGCUGCCGCGGGCUUUCGAGGAUGGAAAUUUCAGCAGUGUUGGAGUUUUUGCUGGAGAAUGUCUGUCUCUCGCUCAUUGUCCAAUGGCUGCAGCUGACUGCAUACUUGUAUGGGUCAUGAGAGAAUAUGGUGUGCGUGACUCGUGGACUAAGCUCUUUAACUUGAAGUUUUCGGAUCCCCCUAAGGACCUAUGGGGUUACAUUCACAGAGCUGUCUUGGUUAUGGAAACUGGUAUUGUUGCCGGGAUUUAUGUUGACGGGAACGACAAAGAUCUUGGGUCGGUAAAGAUUCUUCACAAUGAAGACAAGUUCAGUUUUUAUAAGGUUGAGGGCUAUUGGCUUAACUGUAUUCAAUAUCAAGAGAGUCUACUUCGGAUAGAUGAUUAG